AGCGUGCAUUUUGCUCAAGGCAAUUCGUGAGUGAGCCCCUCCAAGUCUCCCCGUCUUCGGGCCAGCGGCAUGGCACGACAAGGGGGACAAGAUGAGUCCAAGCGUGCAGAAGCAGAGUUGGGCAAGCUGCGGAAGCUGCCGGAUAACAAGCGCUGUGCCAAUUGUUUGACCCCCGGGGCGCCGCUCCUCUCGGCGGUGGUGAUGCCCUUUAAGAUCUUCGUCUGCAGCAACUGCAAGUCGGCCCAUCAGUCCUUCUCCCACAGAUGCAAGAGCACCCAGAUGAGCCUGUGGACCAUGGAGGAGGUGCAGAGUUUGGAGGACAAGAACGGGGGCGGCAACCGGGCGGCCCAGCACAUGUGGCUGGCUGAGGCCCGCGGCAAUGAGCGGCCAAGGGAGGGCGAUAGCCUGGACGUCUUCAAGGACUUUGUCAGGAAGGCCUACAUCGAGAAGCGGUGGCAAGGCUCCGGCCCACCCACGAGCCAACAGGCCGCGCCGGCCGCACCGGCGCCCCGAGAGGAACGAGCGCGGCGAGAGGCGCCCCGAGAAACCCGGGCAAGCGCACCGGCGCCCACGGUGGACCUGCUGAUCGACUUCGAGCCCACUCCGUCUCCGGCUGCGGCUACCAGUUUUAACCCCUCCGGCAACUCCGGCUUCGCCUUUACCGACAGCCCCCCAAACACGUCCUUCAACCCCAACUCCAACUUCGCCUUUACCGACAGCCAGCCUGCUCCUGCGGCAAACCCUCCGUUCAACCCCAACUCCAACUUUGCCUUCACCGACAGCCAGCCUGCUCCUGCGGCAACCCCUCCAUUCAAUCCCAACUCCAACUUCUCCUUCACCGACAGCACAGCUCCUGCUGUCAGCUCCAGCUUCAACCCAAACUCCAACUUUGCCUUCACCGACAACCAGCCUAACUUCGAUCCCUUCGUCGGGAGCACUCCCAACCAGGCUCAGGCUCAAAUGCCUGUCAUGGGCAAUGUGAACAACGGAUCCGGUGGAAACAAUUUCAGCAACGCAGGUUGCCAACCAAUGGGUGGAUGCAGCGGAUGUGGUGGAUGCAGUGGAUGUGGUGGAUGCGGCGGUUGCGGCGGUUUUGCUGGAGGUGCUGGCUGCAACGGCUGCAAUGGCUUCAACGGCUGCAAUGGCUUCAACGGCUGCAAUGGCUGCAAUGGCUGUAAUGGCAGCAACGGCUGCAAUGGUUGCAAUGGCGGCAGUGGCUGCAACGGCUUUAACGGCUGCAAUGGCUGCCACGGCUGCAAUGGCUGCCACGGCUGCAACGGCUGCGCUGGCUGCAAUGGCUUUAACAAUUGCAACGGCUGCGGAGGCUGCUAUGCUUGCGGUGGAUGUGGCGGUUGUCAAGGUUGCGGAGGGGGCAUGAUGGGGCACAUGGGCCAAAUGGGCCACAUGGGCCACAUGGGCCAGAUGGGCCAAAUGGGCCAAAUGGGCCAAAUGAGCCAAAUGGGCCAACAGGGCGGCAAUUCAAAGAGCAAUGCACCAACACCGACCUUGGCAGAUUUGAAGCAGAAUCUGCAUCAGCUCUACGCGUCGUGACGAAGUUCAAUGGCCCGGCUGAGAGUCGAGCCGAGCUCGAUGUGAGUCGACUUGCGAAAUGAGCUCCGGGUGGGUUCCAAUUUGGACAGCUUGCUCUAAGACUCCCUUGCGUGUGGCAC